UCAUGGCGGUACCGGUCGGGAGAUCUGUGGUGUUUGUAACUGGAAAUGCAAAAAAAUUAGAAGAGGUUAUUCAGAUCCUCGGUGAUAAGUUUCCCUACAAACUCAUUUCCAAAAAGAUUGACUUGCCUGAAUACCAAGGUGAACCUGAUGAGAUCUCAAUCCAGAAGUGCCAGGAGGCUGCAAGACAGGUAGCUGGACCUGUGAUUGUAGAGGACACCUGUCUAUGCUUCAGGGCACUUGGAGGCUUACCUGGGCCAUACAUAAAGUGGUUUCUGGAUAAAAUGAAGCCAGAAGGACUGUAUAAGCUUUUAGCAGGUUUUGAAGAUAAAUCAGCCUGGGCUUUAUGCACAUUUGCUUUUUGUUCUGGCAAAGGACAUCCAGUUCAGCUCUUCAGAGGAACCACUGAGGGUUGCAUUGUGGAGCCCAGGGGCCCCAGAGACUUUGGAUGGGAUCCCUGCUUCCAACCUGAAGGCUUUGAUAAAACAUAUGCAGAACUCCCUAAAGAAGUGAAGAAUUCUAUUUCCCACCGUUAUCGUGCCUUGGCAGCCAUGUCAGAACACUUCUCCAAGCUGAACGAUGAUCCAGAGGCCAAACGGAACAAAUUCGGUGACUAAUCGUGAGUCUGAGCUGAGUUAGAAUAAUCAAUUGUUCAGAACUCGUGAUAAGAGCUGGUCAUGUCAACAUCUGGGCAUUGUGAUAGAAAGCUGUGGUCAGCAUGUGUAUCCACAAAGUCUGUCCACAAACUCAUAAAUAAACUAUUUUGAGUACUGUA